CUAUCUCUGACCGCCCUCGUGGCAACUCCGUCCCGCUGCAAUCUGGCGUGAUUUGGCACAGCCGGUCGCCACCUGCACGCAGUCAACGUCCGGAACUCCAACGGAGCACUGGAUCUGUCGAUCGCGAGGAUCGGCACAGCAUCUCCCACGCAUUGGCGUGCGCUCUUGCUUGCAGCUCGCAGUCAUCUACCGGGAUCUCACCUUUACCGAACAACCGCCACACGAUCAUAGAUUCCAACUCUCAUUUGGCACAGUAACGACAGUAGAUAACGACAGAACUCAGCACACAACCCAGGAGCGGUGGGCAGAAUGUCCAGAUCAAUUCCUAACAACCGCAGUAGCUCGCCCUCUGGGCAGGCAUUGUCCCGCAGCUUUGGCACAUCCUUCCGAUCACAAUCCCACAUUGCCGCCAUUGCGGAAGAGUCGAUCAUACGAGACCUCGAAGAGACGGAUUUCGACGAUGAGGCGGUCGACGGGGAAGAUGAUUCGGCGCUUAGCAGGACGCUCACGGGCGAUAUUCCUGGGCUAGGUCCUCAUUCAAUGGCAGGAUACUACAGGCGUCCAUCGAUCGCUGCACCAGCGCCGAGACCAUUUCUCGGCACACAACUACCCGAAGCGCGUGUGCCAUUGGCACAAGACUACGAGGCGGCGAUUGGGGAAGAGAGGAGCUUGCUCAGAGACAACAAUAUCAUUCCGCCCAAGCAUCCACGACGACGCGAGAGUGAUGCUCAUGAGAAUGGAGGUACACUCAGGAAGAUGCUCAGCCAUGUGAGCUUCAGGCGAAAGAGCGGUGACGCGGAUCGAUUAAUAGAUGGGCACACUACAGAAUCUACGGGCCUUCUCGCGAAUGGUCGUGAUCCGACUUUGCCAUACGGAGGCGAGGAUACCCCAGAGAACAUCUCGAAGAAAUGGGAGGAGGCUGUCGAGAAUGGUCAGAUUCAGACGACCUGGCAACGCGAGACCAAGACUUUGGUGCGGUACUCUGCGCCGUUGAUCUUGACAUUCAUUCUGCAGCAAUCCCUCACCCUCACAUCCGUGUUCACAGUGGGACACAUUGGCAGAAAUGAACUCGGCGCCGUGUCUCUCGGAUCCAUGACUGCCAAUAUUACUGGCUACAGCGUGUACCAUGGUCUCACAACCUCUCUCGACACACUCUGCGCGCAAGCUUACGGAUCUGGAAAGAAGAAGUUGGUCGGUCUUCAAUUCCAGCGCAUGGUCUACUUCCUUUGGGCAAUCACGAUUCCGAUUGGUAUUUUCUGGUUCUUCGCAGACAGAAUUCUUGGUGCCAUUGUGCCCGACCAAGACAUUGCCAACCUGGCUGGAAAUUAUCUCAAGGUUUUGAUCAUCGGCGCUCCAGGCUACGCGACGUUCGAAGCUGCAAAGCGAUAUGUCCAAGCACAAGGCCGGUUCGAUGCCAACCUGUACGUCCUCCUCAUUGCUGCCCCUCUGAAUGUUUUCAUGCAUUGGCUUUUUGUUUGGCGCUUCGAAUGGGGUUUCAUUGGCUGUCCGAUUGCCGUCGCUAUCACCGAAUGCCUCAUGCCCAUACUGUUAUUCUUGUAUGUGCGCUUCGUGGGCGGGAUGGAGUGCUGGCCAGGCUUCACACGCAAAGCUUGGAUCAACUGGGGACCCAUGAUCCGACUUGCACUUCCAGGUCUGAUUAUGGUUCUGGCCGAGUUCCUCGCUUUCGAGAUCAUCACGUUGGCGUCCGCGCGCAUCUCGUCCGCGCAUUUGGCCGCCAACACCGUUCUGCAGGCGGUAUCAGUUCUCACUUACCAAUUGCCUUUCCCGUUAAGCAUUGCAGCCUCGACGCGUACGGCCAAUCUGAUCGGAGCGGGACUACCUGAUGCAGCAAAAGUUACUACCAGAGUUGCUUUUAUCCUCGGAGUCUUCAUUGGCCUUUUUAACAUGAUCGCAUUGACUUCGCUUCGUAACUUCAUCCCUCUUCUCUUCUCGGAAGAUGCGGCAGUUGUCGCUCUCGCUGCCGCGACUCUGCCCGUCAACGCUGCUUUCCAGCUCGUUGACUCUACAGCUGCGCAAUGCAAUGGUAUCUUGAGAGGACUUGGAAAACAGGCCAUUGGUGGGUACAUCAAUUUGUUCGCUUACUACAUUAUCGCUUUGCCUAUCAGUUUUGCGUUGGGAUUCGGACUGCAUUGGGACUUGGUCGGAAUUUGGAUUGGUCCUGCUGUUGGACUGGCGAUUGUUUCGGUGCUGGAGGGACUAUACAUUGCAAAGACGGAUUACGAAAAAGCGAGCGGAGAAGCGGCAAGGAGGAAUGCGGUGGAUUAAGAGGUCGUUUGGGAGCAUGAAAGAGGUUUGUUUCGGACGAUUGCAGCGGGAUUAUUUUGUACAGAGCAGUAUGGACAUGAUGUGUAUUACAGCUUCUUCAUCUUUGUCGAAUUGGCCUUCGCCGGCUCAUUGGAUC